AUGGAGAGCCAGGGCAGCCAGGAUGGCAUUGGCGGCGGCGGCGAUGAUCGUGGUGAUGAGGAUGGUACCGAUGAGCCCGGUUCCAGUGCGAGGUUCGACAGUUGGGUACAGGAGCGCAAUUGGACGCCAGACCGCGUCCGCCGCAUCAUCCAACGAGACAGCAAACGAUUAUUGGGCACCAUAUUGAACAUUAGUUCGUGGCGGCAGAUUGCCAUCGCCAUAUCCCGUCGAUAUUUGGACAAGGCAUUCAAGGAGUCAACGAUAGAUGGGGUCGAAGAAGACGACGACGGUGUGGACGAUAACCCGAUCGAUUUACAAGCCGGCCAUGGAACGCACGUGGCCGGCAUGGUAUACGCACGAGAGUUGCAGCAAGGGUUAUUCAGCACGGCCACGAUGCGCGAUAAGUUUCGGUCCGUCAUCGUCAGUCCGAUACGCCGAAAGCGGGAGCCAUUCGAGACGGAGCGGGAGUACCACCAGUUGCAGCGUUUCAGGCGAUUACAGCAGGUCGACAUUGCCGCCCGGUUGAGGGAGAUGAUAGGACCAGACGCCGCGUUCCGUGGCCAGCAAGAGACGGUGAUCCGGGCCAUCAUGCGGGGAGAGAGCCCGAUUGUGCAGAUCGCAGGCACGGGAGAAGGCAAGAGCAUGUCGUUCAUGUUACCGGCGUAUUGUUCCAGCGACGACGGAGGGACAACCAUCGUCAUCGUGCCGUUGGUAGCAUUGCGAGAUGAUUUGCACGGCCGUUGUGCCAAGAGCCAGAUCGCGACAUACGUUUGGAACAGUCGCGGCGGGCACCAGAUCACCCCCAUCGUGUUCGUCACGCCCGAGUCGGCAGUGACAAAAGGGUUCGGCGAUUUUGUGAACCGGUUGCAGGCACGGAAAGCGUUGGAUCGUGUCGUUGUGGAUGAGUGCCACGCCAUUUUGGACAGUACCAGCCAAUUCCGGCCGCAGUUGAUGGAGUUGGGCCGGGUGUUAAACGAAUGGGGCGUCCAAAAGGUAUUUUUUGACGGCCACGUUGCCACCAGAUGA